UGAUUCGCUGUUGCUUCAACAAAACAGCAAAUCCAGAACUCUUCACGAAAAAGGUGCUUUUCUUCGGAUUUCAGUACCUCCACAACUCUCUAGCAGGUUAACGUCGUGGCCCAAAGUCGCCAUCAUGGACAGCACGUACGUCACGCUCGUGUCCAGCGAGGGCUUCCGCUUCGUGGUUCUCAAAGAAGUGGCGCUGAUCUCGCCAGUGCUCAAAAGCUCGCACGAAUUCGAGGAGGGACGGACCGGGGUGAUCAACUUGGACAUGGACGCCGAGAGCCUCGACGUGGUGGUGGACUAUCUCCACUACCACCACAAAUACAGAGAACAGGCGGAUUCGGAGGCCGUGCCCGAAUUCAAAAUCCCCACGGCGCUUGCCUUGGAGCUCUUGGUGAAGGCUGAUUUCUUGGACAUCUAGAUGGCCUGUGGCUGGGGAAGCUAUGGGUGCGGAUGUGCUCUGUCUCUGUGGGCCGGUUCUUUCGCUUUCCUGGAAUGUACCGGUUUGUAGGCUCGAGCUGUUUCUGUACAUCAACUGCUUUCAUCAAACUGUCAUCAAACUGUCAUCAAACUGUCAUCUAACUGUCAUCUAACUGUCAUCAAACUGUCAUCUAACUGUCAUCUAACUGUCAUCAACUGCUUUCAUCUAACUGUCAUCAAGCUGUU